GAUAACACAGGCUCUUCAACUGUCACGUGAUCAGGCUACCUCUCGCUGCCGGUGAGAUGAAGACAGCGACCGCGGGGAACUACAUUUCUGCCAACUGCUCUCUUCUAUGCUACAUUUAUUAAGUCGAGAUAGGCAGAGUUUGUGGUUAAUUAUGUGAUCGAAAAUAUAUGGCAAAGCUGCCGAACCGCAGUAUACCCGACGAAUUAUUCGCGUUGUUAAACUCAAUAUAUAUUUAAGAUAGCCUAGUAGCCUAUAAAUAUAGGCUAUCUUACUUGUGCCACGCCGUCUUAUAAUGCUCUCCAACACCGAAAAAGAGUUGAUUGUACAGAUAUGGGACAAAAUGCUUCCAGUGGCAGAAGAAAUUGGAUCUGAGGCUCUUUUAAGGAUGUUCACAACGUUCCCCAAAACAAAGACAUACUUCUCUCAUCUAGAUAUCAGCCCCCGUUCAGAGCAUUUACGCUGCCACGGGAAGAAAAUCGUCCAGGCUUUAGCCGAGGGUGCGAGGAACAUAAGCACACUUACUACUACGUUGGCACCACUAAGCAGGUUCCAUGCCUAUCAACUGCGAAUACAUCCUACAAACUUCAAGCUUUUCAAUCAUUGCAUCCUUGUGACGUUAGCCUGCCAUAUGGGUGAAAACUUCACACCUGUUGCACACGCGGCGAUAGACAAGUUUCUUUCGGCAUUCUCAGCUGUUUUAGCCGAAAAGUUCCGAUGAAGACCCCUCCAAAGAAG